UCUCAAUUACUUUCAAUUUAAAUUCUGUUAAAAAUUUCGUGUGCCCAACGAAGUCUUAAAUAAUGUUCUCAAUACAAAACAGCAAUUAUUCGCUCUCGAACCGUCUCAGAAAGUGGUUUAACAAGGAAAAUUUAAUAAAAAUCGGACCAAAAUAUCAAUAUAGCGCAAAAAGUGUUAAAAAUACCAAUUGAAAAGUAACUGUAUCUUUAUACAAUAUAAACAACAAUAAAAAUAAAAAAAAUAAAAUUAAAAUGAAAAAUUAAUUGUAACAAUAAAGAAGAAUAUUACUUGAAAAUAAAUUAAAUGCGUAAAUACAAUAAUAGCAUGUACUCGCAAAAUUAUAUACACAAAAAAAUGUAUAUGUUACAAAGAUAUUAAAACAAAAACCAACAAAAAAAAUACACACAAAAACGGCAGAAAUAAAUUAAAUUAAAUAAAAUAAAAUAUUAAAAAGUGUUUCAUCAGUUUAAGUUAUUCUGCCAUACUGCCAAUAUUUUUAACAAAUCUACCUCAAACAACUUAGUAUGUACUAACUAUAAACAAACGCACCUAAUAAAAUACCUACCUACUUUACUAAAAAAAAAGGAUUCCAAAAAUAUCAAAGAAAAAACAAAUCAGUCCGGUUUUAUCAUGGAUAUUAACAUCUGGACGUAGCCCAGUCAACAGCAACAUAUCUAGCACCGAUCACAAACAAAUAUUAAAUGCAGCCAUCCUAGAUGUUGGACACAAUUUUAUAAAGUAAUUGGAUUUUUUUUAAUAGACUAAUAAUUAUGUAUUCAGUGGUUACCAAAAAUGUCGAUAACACGACGAACAAUGAACAAAACACUGGAGAAUGCAAUGCAGACAAAUGUCAUGAAAAUAUAGAACCGGCAAUUGAUAAUAUUCAGGUAGAUAAUGGUCAUGUGAAUUCGAAUGCGAAUGACAAACGUCGCGAUUCAACACAAGUGUGGACACCUCUACUGGAAAAUGGCAGUAAAAAUUCGGCCUUGACUAAAGCGAAUUUAGAAAAAUUAAACCAUACCAACGAAUCAGGUGAUGCUAUUUACACCGGUGAAGUUAGUAAUAACAACGAUUGGAAUGGCGAUAAGAUAAAGACAAAAGGUUUAGAUAAUUCCUUGCAUCGUAGUAAUAACAAUGGACCUGUAAUAAAUGGAAAAACAGGUACUGCUACUGGACUGAUAGAUAAAUGCGAUGAACAUGAUCCACUAACUGGUUUGUAUAAAGAGAAACCAGACAUCAAAAACUAUGCAGAUGACAAUUCGAGCAUAGAGGAAGAAGGCUGCGGCCUAUUUGGCUGCAAGCCCAAAUGGGCUCGUAAUUUUGCUUCCACACAUAUGUUUAUGGUGGUCUUUUUGGUGGCCUACAUAUUGCAAGGCAUGUAUAUGACUUAUUUCGUAUCGGUCAUUACCACCAUUGAAAAACUCUUUCAAAUCAAGUCAAAAACUACAGGAUUUCUGUUAAGUGCUAGUGAAAUGGGACAAAUAAGUACCGCAAUGUUACUGACAUAUUUUGCUGGACGCGGCCAUCGUCCUCGUUGGAUUGCCUGUGGCAUGGUGCUUUUUUCAAUUGCUGCGUUUGCUUGUGCUCUACCUCAUUUUAUAUUUGGAAAUGAGCUGAUACAGUCAACAGCUUUAAUGAGUAAAAAUAGUCCAAUCAAAAUGAACAAUUCGGAAACCUCUUCAUUAGCGUUUCAUAUGAGUGAACAUAGUCACAACUCCUCUUCUAUGAUGACUGCUCGACACAUGGAAAUGAAUCUCUGUCAUGUUGACGAUUAUCCUCAGAAUUCCACAACAGAGUGUAAUGAAGAUCGUAAGCUUGAACAAGUAUCUCACUCGAAAAUCACUGUUAUUGUUCUAUGUAUAUUUUUUGGAAGUUUACUUAGUUCAGGCAUCGGUCAAACUGCGGUUUCUACUCUGGGAAUACCCUAUAUCGAUGACAAUGUUGCCAGCAAGCAGUCGGCCAUGUAUAUGGCCAUUACAAUUGGUGUUAGAAUACUGGGACCCGCAUCAGGUUUCAUUGUGGGUUCAGUGUGUACGCGUUGGUAUGUAAACUUUACAAAUCCUGGAUUUGAUGCCAGUGAUCCACGCUGGAUAGGCGCCUGGUGGUUGGGACCUGUUGUAAUUGGUAGCCUAAUGCUGUUAUCAUCGAUUGCAAUGUUUUCGUUCCCAAAGCAAUUGCGUGGUAAGAAGCCUCAACCGGGUGCGGCACAGGAAAAGUCGACGGUAACUUUGAAGGAACCAGCGGAGCCAGAAGAAAAGCCCCGUUUAAAAGAUUUUCCAAAGACUGUUAAACGCCAGCUGAGCAACGACAUAUUAAUGUUUCGGACAGCUUCUUGUGUCUUUCACUUGCUACCCAUUGCCGGUCUGUACACUUUUUUGCCCAAAUAUCUAGAGACACAAUUUCGUUUGGCCCCGUACGACGCCAACAUGGUAGCCGCUUUUUGUGGCAUUCUUGUCAUGGGUAUAGGUAUUGUGGUAUCAGGACUUGUUAUAUUUAAAUUUAAGCCAACUGCGAGAGCAGUAGCGGCAUGGAUAGCAUUAACAGCUUUGGUUUAUUCCGCUGGUAUGGUCAUUCUAAUGUUUGUGGGUUGUAAUAUGUAUGACUUUGCCGGCUAUAAACCAGCAACAAGUACAUCUCCAGCUGUAAUAGAGCCUGUUUGCAACGCUGUCCUUAAUUGUACGUGUGAUAAAGAACAAUUCGCACCCAUUUGCGGGGUCAAUGGAAAGAUCUAUAUUUCAUCCUGUCAUGCUGGAUGUUGGGAUUCAGGCAUACGCAAGGAAGAUAAUCAUACAGUUUUUUCUCAAUGUUCUUGUAUUCCGGACUUAUCUGAAGGAAACGAAAAAUAUCCAUAUGAGGCAAUUAGUGGUUAUUGUGAUAGCAAUUGCAAAAACUUUAUUGUUUUCAUAAUUAUAUUCGCAAUUUGUGUUUUUAUGCAUUCAACUUCGGAAGUGGGUAGUAUGCUUCUGGUAAUGAGGUGCACACAUCCUAAAGAUAAAGCUAUGGCCAUGGGUUUAAUACAAUCGGCAAUUGGUCUUUUUGGAAAUGUUCCUUGUCCAAUUAUAUACGGCGCUGUAGUUGACUCAGCGUGUCUCAUCUGGAGGUCAGUUUGUGGCAAACAUGGAGCUUGUUCUCUCUACGAUUCAGAAACAUUUAGGCACUAUUUCUUAGGCAUAACUGCAGGUAUAAUGUUUCUGGCUUUCAUAAUGGACUUGGUGGUAUGGAGUAAAGCGCACCGCAUUGAUAUAGCGCCCGAAGAGAAUGGCGAAAAGAAAUCUCCCGAAUCGGAAUGUCAAAAACCAAUGUCGGCAUCACCUGAUACUUCUGUUUAAACUGAAGACUACCUUAUUUACCAAUUCAGAAGUCAAGCAACUGAAAGUGGUAUCAUCAUAAUCAAAUUUAUGUACAGAUCACAAUAUUUUAGUAUAAUAUUAAUUGUAAGAUGAUUAUAAGACAUUUUUUUUUUAAUUUCCACAAGUUAAGCCAUUUUCCCGCCAAAGAAUACACACAUUGUGUAUUUUUUGUAUUCUUAAAAAUAAAAAAAUGGCAAACUUUUAGAAAUUAAAAAAAAAUUUUAUGUUUAAACUACUGUAUGAAGCAGAGGUGUACCGAGUUAAUAGUAAAUCGGAAGACCCAGGAUGCAAUUUGUAAACGUUAAUACAUAUUUUACCUAUUACAAGGUCUGUCAAAAUAUUUUAAACAAAAAUAGCAUUCUUGCAUUUAAUUAGAACCACAAGAAACUCAACUAUGUUAGCUGUGAAAAUUUAACUUUAAUAAAUAACUUAAUAACUGAUUACAGUAAAAACACACACAUUUUUAUCUAGACACUUAUGAAAACAAUAAAAUAACGAAGGUCAAGAUCAAGUGACAUUUUUUUGUAGACAAAAUUAAAUAUUGUAUAUGUCUGCAAAAAUAUAGUCCAUAGUAUAUUGUUACUCAAUACAAAUUUAAUUUAUUUAUUAGUGUCAAAUUUUUGCAACUAUCGUAUUUAAGUUGCUUGUAUGUAGUUUCAAAAAAAAAUAUAUAUAAAAAAAAAACGUGGCAAUGCGAUUUUUGUUCAUGUGCAAUUUCAUAUAAUUUAAGAAUUUAGACUAUAAGUUAAACUCAUUUAUAUUGCAUUUAUUGAUUGCUCGAUCAAUAUGAUUAUAACAAACAACUAAAAUAAUCUCAGUCAAAAGAUAAUAGACUUGUCCUUAUAUUUAGCGAAUAUUUUAUACAAUACAUACUAUAUAUAUUAUAGAUUGAUUAACUCAAGUUCAAUAAAGGAAUGAAACUCAAACACCGCUAAUAAAAA